UUUCAGAGUCAGGAACUACAUCUCCCAGAGUGCUCCGGGAGGGGGGUGCUUCCGCCCUCCCCAGCUCAGGCUGCAGAAUAAUGUCCAUGUUUUGCUCCAGUUCCUCCCGUCCUCUCAUUGGACAGGGCAGAGAAAUGGCUGCAGAGGAGCCAGGUCAGGGGCCGGUGACCUUUGAGGAGGUGGUUGUGUAUUUCACCAGGGAAGAAUGGGCUCUGCUGGACCCCACUCAGAGAGCCCUCUACUGGGAUGUCAUGCAGGAGAACUAUGAGAUUGUGACCUCGCUGGGGUUUCCAGUUUCCAAAUCUGAUGUGAUCUCUCAGCUGGAACAAGGGGAAGAAUCAUGGGUCUCAGAUCUCCAGGGUUCAGAGGAAAGACAGAUCCUGAGAGCUCCCUGCACAGCAGGUGAUGCAAUGGUAUGUGACAAAGAGGAGCAGAAUUCUCAGCAGGAAAAUGUUGAGCAAGUGGGUAAACACAGAGCAUUAUCGCAAAGAUCAAAAAGGAAUGAGUCCAGGAGUUAUGAGAAGGAAAAAUCCUGUGAGAUUCAGCACAGACCAGAAAGAGUGCAGGGAAACCAGCCAGGGGAGAAAAUGGAUAAAUUUAUUUCCUGUCGGGGAACUGAGAAGAGCGUCAAGGAAACCACAACACAGCAGGAAAUCCUCAUGGGAAAGAGGAAAAAUACAUGCAGUGAGUGUGGAAAAUGCUUCACUCAAAGAUCAAAUCUUGUUCAGCAUGAGAGAAUCCACACAGGCGAGAGGCCCUAUGAAUGCAGUGAGUGUGGGAAAACCUUCAUUCAAAGAUCAGGCCUUUUUCUCCAUUGGAGAAUCCACACAGGGGAGAGGCCCUACAAAUGCCAUGAGUGUGGGAAAAGCUUCAUUAGCAGCUCAGCCCUUUCUAAACAUCAGAGAAUCCACACAGGGGAGAGGCCCUAUGAAUGCCGUGAGUGUGGAAAAAGCUUCACUCACAGCUCAGCCCUUUCUAAACAUCAGAGAAUCCACACAGGGGAGAGGCCCUAUGAAUGCCGUGAGUGUGGAAAAAGCUUCACUCACAGCUCUCAUCUUACUGGGCAUCAGAGAAUCCACACAGGAGAGAGGCCCUAUGUAUGCAGUGAGUGUGGGAAAACCUUCAAUCACAGCUCACACCUUAUUGGGCAUCAGAGAAUCCACACAGGAGAGAGGCCCUAUGAAUGCCAUCAGUGUGGGAAAAGCUUCACUCACAGCUCAGCCCUUUCUAAACAUCAGAGAAUCCACACGGGGAAGAGACCCCAUGAAUGCAGUGAGUGCGGGAAAACCUUCACUUCGAGCUCUACCCUUAUUAACCAUCAGAGUAUCCACACAGGAGAGAAACCCUACGAAUGCUGUGAGUGUGGGAAAAGCUUCACUGUCAGCUCAGACCUUAUUGGACAUCAGAAUAUCUACAAGGGAAAGAUACCUCAUCAGUGCUCUGAGUGUGGAAAAAUGUUCACACAGAGUUCAGGUCUUAUUAUACAUCAGAGGAUCCACAUGGGAGAGCGUCCCUAUGAAUGCCAUGAAUGCGGGAAAGUGUUCUGUCAGAAAUCAACCCUAAUUACACAUCAGGCAAGGCAUACAGGAGAGAGACCCUAUCAGUGCUGUGAGUGCGGGAAAGGCUUCAGUGUGAGCUCAGAUCUCAUUGUAAAUCAGAGAAUUCACACGGGGAGAGACCUUAUAGAUGCUGCUCUGCACAAGGUCUUGGCCAACCUCCCUGGUGCCAUGCUGGGGAGCUGCUGGCAGAAUCCCCAGAUACAGACAGGCCCCAAUACCUCUUGGUGGUGA